CUCAAAAUGAGAUUCUUGUUGGCGAGAGUUGCCGAUAUGUGGGAAGCUACACAGGUGGAGCUUUGUGGAGUUUACUCCGUCGAGAGAGUUCGCGAAGUUAUCCAGUACAGCGAACGAAUCAGCAUGUUCCGUGCGCUUGCUGUGAUGGCGCUCAUGCCGUGGCCGUGUGUUAUUAUCACGCUCCUCGCCGACGCGAUCUCUUUGCCUCCACCGGUUCAAGAGACUAAUGGCUCCUACCAGUUCGCCAUCCGGACUCUUUUUAUCUACUGGAUCUCCACUGUAAGGAGGCGAGCUCUGCAGUUCCGACGCACAGUGCCAAGUGUUGGACUCUCAAACGCGCGCGUAAUGGCGAACGCCGUCCUGACUGCUGUUCUUUCGUUUGGAGCUUUGUAUGUUGUGACCGUCGCCGUAGGCUUCCCAGUACCGUUCACAUUUAUCACGACAUCGCCGGCCUGGGUGACGUUCAUGCUUGUUCCUCUCGCCUCGUUCAUCCGAAAAGCGCGUUCCGAUCCAGAAGUCUGGCUUCAGAUUGUUAAUACGCUGAAAACGUGGGUAGUCCAAGAGUGUCUGGUGCUCAUUUACCCCACAUAUUUCUACAUUUUCACGACUCUGCCGGCCAACGCGAAGUCCCCUUUUACAGUGCUACUGCCUAUUAUCAAAAAAUUUAUGCGCAACAUCAUGGCAUGCACUGUGAUUCACUUAAACGACAAGAUCCCCGAGGUGGUUCUGAUGAACGUGGAGGUGUUCAACGCGCUCUUCAUGUCCUACUGUCUGCAGAACUCGCCGUCUAUAUCGACAACAUUGGGGCUACUUGAGAUCGAUGGGGCUCAGAUGCUGGUGUCA